AUGGAUUAUGUACCACUUCCAUCAGAGUCAACUGAGGGCUUGCAAAUCCAGCAACCGGUAACUGUUUCGACGCAAAGCACGUCUGCAAGUUCCUCGUUGGUGUCCCCGUCUAUUACUGCUUCACCUCAUGACUUCCUUUUUCCCUCCAUUACAUCUGCCAACUACGGCACUCCACCUGCUAUUGAGUUCGGUACCACGCAGCUCUCCUCUGCUUCAUAUUGCUAUUCCCAGUACUCGAAUUUGCAUUCUCAGUCUUUGUGGCCUUCUGUCGGCAAUUUCCAGCCUUUCGGCAAUCAGACGGCUGUUUUAUCUUAUCAUCAAAUCCAGCAACAACAAUUCCUCUAUCAACCUCAACAUCUUGGACAUUACACAGCAAUGGAUUCAUUUUAUGGAGGUAUCUCGAGUCCAUCGGGCACCGCAUUUGGAUCAUCUUGUGGUGCUUUCGAUUCAUUUAGUGGUAUUGGUACAGGAAUAACGCCGCAGCAAAAUGUCAGUUACGCUGGUGCUAUGAAUUUACCGCAACAGUUACCUUUUUUAAAUAUUAUCGGUGAACAACAACCACUGACUAGAGAAGUAAUGCAAGAUUAUUUGAAUAAUCGUCAAAAAUAUGAUUGCAUUGUUAGUAUAUUUCAUGCCAAAGUGGCGCAGAAAUCUUACGGAAACGAAAAGAGAUUUUUCUGUCCUCCGCCAUGCAUUUAUCUUUUCGGAGAUGGAUGGAAACAUAAAAAGAAAAUGGCGGAAGAUUUAUACCGACGAUAUCGUGAAUAUCAAAAGCGAAACGAUGUGCAGGAAACGGAUUCAGACGCAGAACAUAUUAGUGAAGCUCGGUCUACUGAAUUAUGCGCAUUUAUCGGAAUUGGAGCACCAUCUGAGCAGGAAAAACAAACACUUGAUUUCUCUAGUAACAAGAGUAUUUCCGAAUUAAUUUCAUGCGAAUUCAACUGUGUGAUUUUGAUUUGUAAACUUCCGUUUGCACAUGGUGAAAUCGAUCCGUCAUUUUUUCUGCUCAAAUCUUACGUUGGGUCAGAAAUUGAUUAUUGUGCAGCGAAGACAUUAUAUAUUUCGGAUGCCGAUAAACGCAAAUAUUUUGAGCUUUCAGUGCAGUUCUUUUACGGGUCCGGACAUGAAAUUGGAGUUUUUUCUUCUCAACGGAUUAAAGUUAUCAGUAAACCAAGCAAAAAGAAACAAAGCAUGAAGAAUACUGACUGCAAAUAUCUUUGCAUCGCCUCUGGUACCAAAGUUGCCUUAUUCAACAGGCUUAGGUCGCAAACUGUCAGUACGCGUUACUUGCAUGUUGAAGGAGGAGGGUUCCAUGCGAGUUCGACAAAAUGGGGUGCUUUUACAAUCCAUCUGAUCGAGGACGAUCCCGGCGCAGGUGAAUCGGAAGAUUUCAAUGUUAAAGAUGGCUUCAUUUACUAUGGUGCUUUAGUAAAACUCGUUGACAGCGUUUCAGGAAUUGCUUUGCCUCGUUUGAGAAUUCGUAAAGUUGAUAAACAGCAUGUUGUACUAGAUGCAUCAGCAAGUGAGGAGCCAGUUAGUCAACUACACAAAUGUGCAUUUCAAAUGGUUGAUUCUGAUACAGCUGUACUCGUUGACACAAAUCGGCACCAGAUAAGUGAUGGAGCGUCGUGGACUAUUAUUUCUACCGAUAAGGCCGAAUAUCGAUUUUAUGAAGCCAUGGGACCAGUACGUCAACCAAUAACCCCAGUACCUGUUGUCAGUGGUAUGGAGCUCUAUGGCGAUGGUGAUCUUGCACGAGUCGAUCUCAUUGGUUCAAACUUCAGAACGAAUCUCAAAAUUUGGUUCGGCACCAUACCAGUGGAUACCAUUUUUAGAUCAGAGGAAAUGAUGGGUUGUUUGGUACCUCCGCUGUCAGCAGUUUGUCCGAAUUGGGCACCGUAUUGUGGUGAACCUGCUGCAGUACCUUUAUCGUUGGUUCGUGAUGAUGGUGUCAUUUAUUCCACAAAUAUGACAUUUAAUUACAAAAGCGAAACGGCUGCACGGUCGAUGGUGAAUCGCCGAUAUUUGGAAAAUAUGAGAACAUAA